GUCUGUUUUUGUCUCGUUGCCGAAACUCCUCUUGGCCCAAAUCAUAGAAAACUCCCGAGUGUUUUCAUUAGCGAGUCACAUAGUUUCCUGCCCUUUGCACCUUGAACUCCGAACCUGAGCUCUGUUCCGAGCGACUUCACAGUUCCCCGGACCCCAGAAGCAACAUGUCUGAUCAGUCAUCGGGUGUGGAAGCGAGUAAUGCUCUCAAGAGGACGUAUGAUAGGGACGAGCUUAUUAAGAUUGGACAGAAAUGUAAGGGCAAGCCACUUCCAGAUGGCGUGAGCCUGGUCGAGCUGAGCCUUAUCGACCCUGCAACAUAUGAGCCCGAGAAGACGCUCGAGAGGAAGAGCCUGGGCGAUGAUACGACAAGCUUCAAGCCUGCUUGGGCUAAGGGGAACCGGGGAGCGGAGGGUGGCCGAACCUCUUUCCCAGUGCCGAUUCGCAGCAAGCUGGUCGACAUCCCGUCAGGCGGCGGCGACGACGAGGGCUCGUCCCGCGGCGACCGCAACGGCGGCCUCAGCGCGCGCAGCAGCUGGCGCACGGGCGAUGAGCGGCUGGGAGGCAGCUUCGGGGACCGCGAGCCGCGGGAUCGCGAUCCCCGGGGUGGUCGUGAUGCCUGGGAGGCUUCUCGCUCUCCCAGCGGCCCGCCCGGCCUAGAACGGGGCAUCCCCGCCCCCGCCGGUCAGGGGGGCCGGGGCCGCUGGGGCGCUGCCGAGCGGGACAAGGACGCGUGGCGUGCGGGUGGCGGCAAGGAUGACAGCCGCAUUCCUCUCCACAGGUGGCGCGGCGGCGACGAUAACGAACGCCGCGCCUCCGCCAACGAUCGCGAGCUGGACCGCACCGAGCGCUGGGGUCGCCGCGGAGCCGCCACCGCCGCCGCCGGCAACUCAGACGAGCCGUCGCAAGACGAGGGCCAUCAUCGCUGGACGGACGAGCGCCGCCGCCGUGCCAAUGAGCCGCCGCCGCCGCCACGCGGACAUUACGGCGAGCGCGAGCACCGCGGCGGCGGUGGCGGCGACUAUCACCGGGGCGGCGGCGGCGGCGACUAUUACCACGGCGGCGGCGGCGGCGGUUACGAGCCGGAAUGGAUGGCGGAGGAGGGAGGUGAGGGUGGUGGCCGGCGUGCCGGUGGUGGCGGUGGCGGCAGCGGCGGCGGACGUGAGGAGCGCGGCGGAGCGGGUGGGCGGUCGCAUGGGGGUCCGCCGGGGCGCAUGACGGCGGCGGAUAUCGAGCGGGAGCGGCAGGCGUUCCGGGCGAUGGCUAACAAGGAGAAGGAGGCGCCCAAGGCCAAGCAUGGUCUGUUCGAUGUCGAGGAGAUUGACUUGGACGAGCUACGCGACGACGAGGAGGACCAUGUGGGCGGCAGCCCCCGUGUGGGAGGCGGCCGCGGGCAGCACCAGCCGGCUCGCACGCAGUCCCAGCCCCUGCACCAGCAGCCUGCUGGUGGUGGUGCCAGUAGCGGGGCGAUGGGCCUGGCGGAGUUGGAGCGGCGCAUGGAGGCGGGGGCGGCGGGGGGCGGCGAGGUGGCGGCGGCGGCGGGUGGAGGCAAGCCAGUGCAACCACCGCCGGGCUUCGGAGGUCCCAAGCCCCCGCCGGGCUUUGGCGCACCCGCCCCUGCGCCGCUCGCCCCUCCUCCAGCCGGCGCUGCAGCAACAGCGGCUGCUGCGGCAACUGGGGGCAUGGGCGGCGGCGGAGGCGGUGGCUUGGGGGCGCUGAUGGGCGGGAACGCGGCCGGCAAAGCGCUGCUGGGAAUGCUCAAGAAGUCCUCAAGUGUCGAAGCGAACACCGUACCCGCAGUCGCGCCGUCGCCAGCAGGUACGGCGGUGCCGGCGCCGCCACCGCCGGGCCAACAGCCUCCGUCCGCAUCGCCACAGCAGCAGCAGCAGCAGAGCCAGCCGGAUGCUGGCCCUGGGGGCGCGGGCAUUACUGCGCCCCCAGCGCCAGCGCUUUCCGGACUAGCGCUUGUUCGCCAGUCGUCGUCUGGACCCAUGGGUCAGUCGACGCAGCCAGCUCCGCCGCUGCCCCAACCAGAGCAGCAGCAGCCGACCGCUGCCGUUCCGCCCCAGGAUAUCGGUAAUGUUCCAGACGCUGCGGCCGGCAGCAGUGGCGGCGGCGCUAAUGCCGCCGCACCCUCCGCGGCGUCUGCUGCAGGUGGUGCGGCGGCUGCCAAGCUGGCGCCCGUGCUGCCUCCGAUGCCGCUGCCACCGCUGGUGUCUUCCAUUCCCGAGGGCGUGCGAAACGCCUUUGCUGACUUUAAGCCGGACGCCCCCGCGGGCGGAGGCGCCUUGAGCGGCGGCUUUGGCAACGCUGGGAGCGGCGGCCUGGGCGGCGGAUUCGGCAGCAUCUGGGGAACGCCUCAGCUCUUUUCUUCCUCCUCCUCGUCACUCAAGUCCGAGCUGUCCGCACCGCCCACACACAAGCCCGUCGCCCAACCGCCCGCCGGCCCGCCUGCCAGCGGUCCCAGCGCUCCCCCCGUCGCAGCCGCCUCCGCCAACGCUGGCGGCCCGCCGCCCGUGCAGCCCGCCUCCUCCUCGCAGGGCCCACAAGCCGCACCCCGCCAGGAGGGGCAGGCGGGUUUCGGAGCCCCGCCGCCCGGACAGCCAGCGGUGAACCAACUGCCACCCUCUCUCCAGGCCCUGCUCUUCAACCAGCCCAUGCAAGCAAAGCCGGCGCAGCCCUUCGGCAUGCCGCCUCCCCAGCAGCAGCAGCAGCCCAUGCAGCAGCCGGGUCAGGGAUUGCAGCAACAGCAGCAGCCGCUGCCCAUGCAACAGCAGCAACAGGGAGGCAUUAACGUGCGCAGCCUGCCUGAGAGCCAUCCCCUGCAUGCGCUCUUCCGCGCAGCCGCAGCUGGAAAGCAACAACAGCAGCAGCAGCCAUCACAGCUACAGCAGAUGUUGAUGGGGAACUCACAGCAGAUGCAACAACCGCAACAACAGCAGCCAAUGCAAGGCCUUCUGCAGCAGCUGCAGCAACAGCAGAUGCAUCAACAUCAACAGCUGCAGCAGCACCAGCAGCAGCAGCAAGGCAGCAUGGCUGGUCCUCCCAGGCAAGGCGGCAGUGGAAUGGACCCGCUAUCACUACUGCUGGGUCAGCUGGGCCGUGCUCAGUCACAGCAGCAAGGUCAGCAGCAGCAGCAGGGGCAGCACCAGCAGCCAGGUCAACCUCCUCAGCAGCAGCUGCAGCAGGGGUUGGGGCUGCCUGGAUUCGGCCAGCCGCCAGCGAACGGGCCUUCCUCGGCCUUGCCGGCUGGGAUGCAGCCUUCCCAGCAGCAACAACAGCACGGCCAGAUGCAACAGGGUCAGCAGCAGCCGGGGCAGCAGCAGCAGCAGCAGCCCCAAGGUCCGCCUCGUCUGCCUUUUGGCGGCCCGACACCCAGCGACCUGGAGCAGCACCUGCAGCGCCAGCAGCAGCUGCAACAGCUGCAACAACACCUGCAGCAGCAGCAGCAGCUGCAGCACAACCCGCAACAUGCACUGCAGCAGCACCUGCAGCGUCAGCAACAGCAGCAACAGCAGGGGCAACAACAAGGCGUGGCGCCGCCGCCGGGGGCCGGCGCAGCCGCCCCUGGACUGCAGCAGCAGCAGCAACCAGGAGGCCAGCCGGGCGGUCAGGCACCCAACGUGGUUGCACAGCUUCAUCAGAUGCUGCAACAAGCCGCAGCCCAACAACAACAGCAGCAGCACCAGCAGCAGCACCAGGCUCAGCAGCAGGCGCCCAGCCUGUUUCAGCAGCUCAUGGCAGGUGCUGCCGCCUCUGGUGGCGGCGGCGGCGCACAGCAGGCAGCUGGCGCCGGCUCUGCCGCCGGUGGUGCUCCUCCGGGCGCCGGGGGCUCCAACAUGUCAGCCCUGCAGGCUCUUCAGCACCUUCAAGCCAUGCAGGCCGCGAACGCAGCCCGCGGGGUGCCCCCGCAGCAGCAGCCGCAGCAGGGGAUGAUGCCUGGCGCCGGCAUGCAGCGCAUGGGCGGCCCUCCGCCGCACCACCUGCAGCAACAGCAGCACCAACAGCAACAGCAGCAGCCCGGCGGGUUUGCAGGCAUGCAGCCGCAGCCGCUGGUACCCUGGCCGGCGGCACUUGGCGCCAAUCCAUCAGCACUGGCAGCCGCCGCCGCGGCGGCAGCUGCAGGCGGAGCAGCAGCCCGCCCAGGCAUGUCGCCCAUGGGGGGUGGCGCCGGUGGUGCGGGCACGGACCCCAACAGCUUGGCCCGGUUGCUGAGUGCUGCAGCGCUUCUGCCGGGGGCGGGUGCGGCGGGUGCUGCGCAGCAGCGGAUGCCGCCUCAGGCGGUUCCUCCGGGCGCACCGCUGCAGGGAGGGGAGCUGGAGCGACUGCUGCAGAUGCAGGCGGUCGCCAGGCAGCAGCAGCAGCAACAGCAGCAGCAGCGGUAGAGAGGUAGGGAUACAGGACUGCCGCUCUGCUCUGCUGUGCAGCGAAGCAGCGUCUUUGUCUGUACAGCCGAGAAUGAAGGCGGGCUGCGGUAUGGAGGAGGUGGAGUUUAUGAAGGGGUGUGUUCAUGAGGCCAUGGAGCAGUAGGUGGUGAGCUGCUGAAGGGACGGAAGGGAUCGCGUAUUGAAAGUUAGCAGGCGUUGUAGCGGCUACGGUUGGGUUGGUUGGUUGCCUGGAAACACGUGGCACGUGGCACCGUUUGUUAGGACACAUGGGGCAGGUGGCACGGAGUAACGCGUUAAGAGAAUACAUUUGUGGCAUGUCACGAUUGCCGCCAGGUGCACAGGCCCUGCAUGAGUAGGGGAGGUUCGGGGCAGUGUCGGCAGGAGUCGGGCCACUGCCGCAUGCCUGCAUAGUCCCGCCGAGCAUGGCCAUGGGCUUGCUUCACCGUUCGUACGAACGCCGUACCACGGCCGUACGGUAAGUCCCAAAAGACCCAUUACACAGCAGGAGCAGCUGCUGCUGCGAGAAAGCGCGUGCAUGGCGCUAGCUAGGGCGAUUGUGGUGGUGGUCGGAGGUGGGUUUUGCAAGAUAGGAUUAUACCAAAGUACGAAGCAUACAGGCAGCGGUGGUUAUGCGGAAGAACACCUUAGGGCCGGAGUGUCGAAAGGCAGGCAAAGCAUGGGGCGGGCUGUUGCAUUCCCAGCAGCAGCAUUGUUUGCAAACUCCAGCAAACGCUGCAGAGCGUAAUCAUGUAGGGCAUUCAGGCGAUUUAAUUGUGUGUGCUGCCACUCCGUUAAUUGUCAUAGGAGUGUUUCACGAUAGCUGGCUGUCCCGCAGAUGGCUGGGUGGCUAUGGGGACUCUUGAGUGUCAUCGUCUGGGUGGAGUGUUUAGGUGCCCUCCAAUAAGGCUAUGCUAUCGGAAAGGGGGCACGCAUAGGGAUGCGGACACAUUCUAGCAAGAGUGGCAGUAGGUAAUUCCGCAUUGCAGCUAUCGUAUGUGGUAUAGCAUCAUCGUCCGGCGUGCGUCCGUACUGGCGUUCGGGCGUUGUUCGUCGCACUGACACGCGUGGUUUGUUCGACCCGUGGGUCACUCGGUAGCGGUCUCACUGGGCCCCUCUCUCACGUCACGCGACAUGCACUGUGGCUCGUUGCGCGGUGGCAUCGUGGGCGCUGGCAAAACCGGGGGUUUGGGUUUUAUGGUGAAAGCUGAUGUUUAGCGGGCGGAUACAGCUUCAGGGAUAUAGCAUCACCGUAAAAGAGUGCCGUACAUGUUUUAUUAGGGGUGCGGUAAUUGCCUCUGGGGUGGUAACCCCCAAAUAACCGGGGUGGUUAUGCCGCCAGGUGGGGGUAGGACGGGGAGAUGUGCCCAUUACGUUACCGGUAUACACCUCUUUUGUCCGUUCUCCGGGUGUAUGGGCGCCCCUUGCUUACCAACAUACCAAGCACACGCUCCUCCGGGUGUGGUGUUCUCAGGAAGGGUUAAGCAAGCUAAUUUCGCGGUGGCAUGCGUUCUGCCGUACAGUCUGGUGUGGUGGUAGGGGUAGGGAUCUGGUUUGGUGGGGGAGGCUUUUGUUGGCCUGUGCAGCUUAACGUCCGGCCGGGGACAUGUGCCGUAUGCGGAGUCGGGCAUAAGUAGAUAGCACAUAGGGGCAUUGCUGCAUGUGUGUAGCAGAUUGCGCCUUUCGCGUCAAUCGGACCGGCCAGCCCGCGAGGCCUUGCAGAGGGCAAGGUUCUUGCCAGUUGUGCGGCCAUCUAUUACCUUCAGUGUGCUUAGUGUUCGCGUUUCAGGGCAGUCGUGUAACGACGAUACAAAACA